CGCCAUGGCCGGCCGGGGCUGCCCGCUGCCGCCGGUGAAGGCGCUGUCCGUGGCGCUGUCCGAGGCGCCCGGCGGGGUGCAGGGCUACUGCGGCGGGCAGGCGGUCUCCGGGCAGGUGCUGCUGGAGCUGGCGGCGCCGCUGCGGGUCCGCGCCCUCCGCCUCGAGGCCUGCGGGGGCGCCCGGGCCGCUUGGAGCGAGGGGCCGCCGCCGCCUUCCCCUCAGUCGGCGCCCGGGCCCCGACUGGAGGCGGAGGUGCCCUACCUGGACGCCCGGCGGGAGCUGCUGCUGCCAGGCGAGCGAAGGGGCGAGGCAGGCGCGGGAGAAGGUGAUGAGAGUUUCAUCCUAUUAGAAACUGGAAAAUACAAAUUCCCGUUCAGUUUUCAACUUCCCCUGCAUCCCUUGGCGAUGUCUUUCACAGGGAAAUAUGGCAGCAUUCAGUACUUUGUGAAAAUAACCCUGGAAAGUCCCACAGCCCCCCAUCAGACUGUGUCGAGAGAGUUUCAAGUUAUCAGCCACAUUGAUGUCAACUCUCCAGUUCUCCUGAGUCCUGUAAGACAAACUCAAGAUAAAAUGGUUGGGUGCUGGUUUUUCACUUCGGGUCCCAUUUCUCUGCGUGCCAAAAUCGAUAGGAAAGGGUAUUGUAAUGGUGAAGUUAUACCAAUUUAUGCAGAAAUAGAAAAUUGUUCCUCUCGGUUAAUUGUUCCAAAAGCUGCCAUUUUCCAAAUACAGACUUACUUAGUUAGAGGGAAAAUGAAGACUUUUCGUCAAAUGGUGGCCAAUGUGCGAGGAAACCAUGUUGCCUCAGGAAGCACAGAUACCUGGAAUGGCAAAACUUUGAAAAUUCCACCUGUCACUCCUUCUAUUCUUGACUGCUGUAUUAUCAAAGUUGAAUAUUCCUUAGCUGUGUAUGUUCAUAUUCCUGGUGCCAAAAAGUUGAUGGUUGAACUGCCUUUGGUCAUUGGCACAAUUCCAUGUACUGCUUUUUCCAGCAGGAACUCAAGCCUUGUCAACCAGUUUGCUAUGGAUAUGAGGUGGCUGGCUCAGACAAUGCCAGAACAUCCAGAAGCACCACCCAGUUAUGCUGACAUAGUGUCAGAGGAGGAAUACGCAAGGCAUGCUACUGCUUAUCCACAUUCAGCUGAUUGUGAAGAACAGCUGUGUACUCCUAUGCUUGCCUACAUACAAGAAUUCCGAUUUCAGCCUCCUCCUCUCUAUUCAGAGAUUGACCCCUAUCCUACUGAGGUAGAAGACAGUCAGCCAGUUUCACUCAUGGAUUAAAGGUGAUCCAAAAAAGCCUCGUCUUGACUAGAUGGAACACUUUGAUUUGGUUCUUCUACUGCCUCUGCUUGUAGGAAAGCUUUUUUUUUAAUCAGCGUUUCUGCUUAAAGUUGGAACAGACACCAGAAGACUUAAGUCAAAACAAGUCAUGAACAAUAAGGGAGGCAUGGAAGAAUGCGUUGUGGAGCCACUGGCCCAGAACAAGCCCGGACAUCAUUCGGCCAGAUAAUUGGCCAUAUCUGAGAAGAAGGAAAGUUUAGGUUGUGGUGCAUCUUACCAGUUGUGGCCAGGCUAUUGCAGAGAGCAGUAGGACAACAGCUACAGGAGGUCUGCCUUUGGGAAUACAAAUAUUUGUAUCUGUAUCCAGAUACAAGGAUUUCUGCUUGACAGUUUCAGUCCCCUACCAAGUUUAUGUGAUAUUUUGACUUCAAAGAUUACUACAUUCUUAACAUUAAUCAUGGAGCAAUACUAUAACAUUUUUACUCUAUACAAUAGAUACUCUAUACAGUGUUGUAUAGGUGCAAGCUUGGUAUCAUUACCAACUUUGAAAAUUGUAAUUUGGGGUAAGGCUGGAUUUUAAGAGUUGCCUUGCUCCGGGCUUCAGUGGUUAGGCUUCUUUUUUUCUUUUUUUUUUUUGCUUCUUCAGCAAUACGGCAUGAUUUGGCAACAGGCUGGGCCAGCCAAAUGUUCAGUCAGGACUUUUUCAGCAGCCUGAAAUGCUGCUGCUGCUGCUGCUUUGGCACUUAAUAUCAGCUAGGCUGAACAUACGAGGAUGCUUUUGCACUCUUUAAAAGCUUGCAUAAAGAAUGAUGAAACUCUAUAGAAACAUGUAGAUGGAAUGAUGAAGAUCCUGUUAAAAAAAAAAAAAGCACCCUCCCUCCCUCCCUCCUGGAUGGGAGCUGAGACCAAAAGUGUUUUCCACUGAGUUUGAUUUGCCUUUCUUGUGAUUAACAAAAUGCAGGUGGGGAGCAUUAACUUCCCUGUGAAGUUUUGUGAGAAAUGAAUUGUAGAUACGGUGAUCACAGAUUUAAGAUUUAGGAUGAAAUUGUUGUUAUGGUGCGAUUAUUAUUUGAUUAGUUUCUCAGGUCAGUGUGCUCUGCUCUAAGGGUAAAGUCUUACCUUGUUCCUUAAUUCCCAGGAAACUGUACUGUACUGUUCUAGCCUUUGCACUACAACCCACAGCCAGAAAUACUGCCUGCGUUUCUGUCCAUAAAAUUUGUGAAUAAUAAAAUCAGUAGUUCUGGAGGGGGAGAAAUGCCCUGUUUCCUUUGCUGGCAGACCACAUUGGCAAUCUGCACUGUGGCGCUUCUGCCUUGCCUUUCGGAAGUAUUUGAUUGACUAAGAGAAGCUGUACCCUGAAGCUCUAAAGUUGCACAUUUAGAAAUGUGGCUUGAUUAGAUAGAAUUCUGUGGAUAUAUAGAUCAAAGGCAGGCAACUUGCAAGCCUUCUCCCGUGCUGCACCAGAGUUGCAGAAUUAUCAGUCAAGGGUGCCAUGCACCCUGUUUCCUGCCCUUUUUGAGGCAGGAAGC